AAACAAUCGUAGUUACAAUUUUCUUCAUCAACAAACUUUAAAUAAGCAAUUUAGGUUUCUGAGAUGGUGAGUGGAAGUUCAAACAAAGUAGGUGAUGUUCAUGAAACCAGUAUUACGAUUGAGGGUGAUCAUGAUCAUUCAACAACGGUGGAGAUACAUAAAGUUUGUUUACCACCAAAUAAAACGACAUUCCAAUCUAUCAAACAUUACUUUUCUGAGAUAUUUUUCCCUGAUGAUCCUCUUCAUAAGUUUAAGAAUCAAAAACCUUCUAAGAAAUUUUUUCUAGGGCUUCAAUAUUUCUUUCCAAUACUUGAAUGGGGGUCUGAGUAUAGCUUCAAACUACUUAAAUCUGAUGUUAUUUCUGGUCUUACCAUUGCUAGUUUGGCUAUUCCUCAGGGAAUUAGUUAUGCAAAGUUGGCUAAUUUGCCUCCUAUUCAUGGACUGUAUUCAAGUUUUGUACCACCAUUGCUGUAUGCAAUUCUUGGAAGUUCAAGACAUUUAGCAGUUGGUCCAGUAUCAAUAGCAUCACUAGUAAUGGGUUCUAUGCUUAAAGAAGUAGUCUCACCAACUGAAGACCCAACUCUGUAUCUGAAAUUGGCUCUCACUUCAACCUUCUUUGCUGGUGUAUUUCAAACAUCUUUGGGUCUACUUAGGUUGGGAUUCAUAAUCGAUUUCCUUUCGAAGCCGACUUUAACUGGGUUCACAGCUGGGGCAGCUGUUAUUGUAGGUCUACAGCAGCUUAAAGGAAUGCUUGGGAUUACUCACUUUACUCCUAAGAUGCAAAUUGUCAAUGUGCUGUCUUCUGUUUUUAGCACCACAAAAGAGUGGUCAUGGCAAACUGUUGUGAUGGGGAUGUGUUUCUUGAUCUUUCUACUGGCAACAAGGCAUAUUAGCAUCAAAAAGCCACAGCUCUUUUGGAUUUCAGCAGCCGCUCCAUUAGCAUCCGUAAUUCUGUCAACAGCUUUAGUCUAUGCCUUCAGAGCUCACACUUCUGCCAUUUCAAUCAUUGGACACUUGUCGAAGGGUUUGAAUCCGCCAUCCUCGAACAUGCUAUCUUUCAGUGGAACUCAUCUUCCCCUUGCUGUAAAAACGGGCAUUGUAUCCGGGAUUUUGUCUCUCACUGAAGGUAUCGCAGUUGGAAGGACUUUUGCUUCGCUAAGAAAUUAUCAAAUUGAUGGGAAUAAAGAAAUGAUAGCAAUCGGUGUUAUGAAUAUGGCUGGUUCUGGUACUUCAUGCUAUGUAACAACAGGAUCAUUUUCUAGAUCAGCAGUAAACUUUAAUGCUGGAGCACAGACAGCAGUAUCGAACAUAGUUAUGGCAGCAACCGUCAUGAUCACACUGCUAUUCCUGCUGCCGUUGUUUUACUUUACUCCCAAUGUCAUCUUAGCGGCGAUUAUUAUAACUGCUGUUAUUGGGCUGAUCAAUUAUCAAGAAGUCAUUAAGUUCUGGAGGGUUGAUAAGUUCGACUUCAUGACAUGUUUAAUUGCAUUCUUUGGUGUUCUUUUCUUCUCUGUUCAAAUGGGCCUCGCAAUUGCUGUCGGGGUUUCAAUAUUCAAGAUUCUGAUGAAUGUGACAAGACCAAAUACAAUGGUGUUAGGGAAUAUUCCUGGGACACAAGUAUUCCAAAAUGUUGGCCGUUAUGGAGACGCUACAAGGGUUCCAUCAUUCUUCAUACUUGCGAUUGAAUCUCCCAUCUGCUUUGCAAAUUCUGCAUAUCUUCAAGAGAGGAUAUUAAGAUGGGUUAGAGGAGGAGAAAGGAUUUUAGAAAACAAAGAGCAAGACAUGAAAACCAUAAUCUUGGACCUGACAGCUGUAACUGCCAUAGACACCAAUGGACUUGAAGCAAUAGUUGAAAUCAGAAAGAUGCUCGAUAAGCGAUCGUAUAAGCUGGUGUUGGUGAAUCCAUUGGGACAAGUGAUGGAGAAACUGGAAACUUCAAAGACACUGGAACUUUUUGGGGAAAGAGGAUUGUAUCUCACAGUUGGAGAAGCCAUUGCAGAUAUAUCCAAAAGGUCCAAGAUUGAGGUCUAAGUCACUUGUUACAAUGGGUAGUUGAAUCCCGAUUGUCUUAUUUUUACACGAUAGAUCAGAGGAUCCCUAUUUUAUUUUUUUAUUUUAUUUUUUUUUAUUUUUUUGAUAGGCUAAAGCUGGACCCAGACCCUACCCAAAUCAAGCCAGUUGGACUAGCCCCACUGCUAGACCCAACCCCGCCAAAUCCCUCUAGCCCCACUGCUAGACCCAGGCCCCUACAUUAGAGUAUUACCCAAGUUUGUUCCAAGUCACUUGUUAUAAUUGUAUC